GCCACCGGCAACAGCAGGUAAAGCCCAGCUGUAUGAACGAUACAAUAUAACCGUCUGAGCAGGUCAAGAGCCACAAUUACACCGCUCCGUCUGUGCCCACCACACGUCGCUCAGCUCCUCCAUCCAGGCUCUGCAAUUUCCGGCGAAUACUUGACUGCCUACAUUGUUGGGAACUGCUCAGAGAAUCGAAGCAAUGGAUUUUUUCUUUAAGGGAAUGAAUGAGGAGACAUCUGAUUGCCCCUUUAAUGACCAAGACAUCCAAAGGUGUCCAUUUUUGAGGAACAUUAACCAGCCUACCAGUUUCUCUUUCUCUUCUCUAAACUUCCCCAUUCCCGCAAGGGGAGGCAAAGGUCCAAUCUUUGAAGAUGGCCCCAAUUUUGAUAUGGCUUUUAAGCUAUUUCAUGGGAGGGAUGGAGUAGUACCACUCUCGGGGAGGUUUUUUUCUCAUGAUGAAAAACUGGGACUCGAGCCUGCAGCCCAGUUUAAUCCUUUGGCUGCAAAAGCAGCCACCAUUAGUUUGUCAUCAUUUGGACCUGGGGGACCAUUCAGCUUUGAUUUCUUCUCCAAGAACUGGAAGAAUCAGAAAAAGAUGUCCGAGUCAUCCAAAAAGAAAGACCGGUCUUUUCAGGGAGAUGAUUCAUCAAAACACGAGGCACUUGGAAACGAGUGGUUAGAGACUGGGAACUGCCCAAUUGCCAAGUCCUACAGAGCUGUUAGCCAUGUCCUUCCCCUUGUUGCAACAGCUCUUCAGCCACCGGCUGGCAUGAAGCUUAAAUGCCCUCCUGCAAUAAUUGCCGCCAGGGCUGCCCUUGCUAGAACUGCCCUUGUCAAGACCCUGCGCCCUCAGCCACUCCCUGAAAAGAUGCUUGUAAUUGGGGCCUUAGGGAUAGCAGCCAACAUUCCCCUUGGCAUAUGGAGGGAGCACACUCGGAAAUUUUCUUUGUCGUGGUUUGCAGCAGUGCACGCAUCCGUGCCCUUCAUUGCCAUGCUUAGGAAGUCUGUUCUGAUGCCCAAAAAUGCUAUGGCCGUCACGAUUGCAGCUUCCAUUCUAGGUCAGGUAAUCGGCUCUAGGGCCGAGCGUAUCCGUCUGAAAGCCAAGGCUGAAAGAGAAAAGACGGCAGCAAAUACUGCUAAUAAAGGUGCUAUUGCAGGGUACAUUUUAGGCAAGGAUGAUGAGUUUGCCCCUGCUGGUUGUGGCAAGGAAGGAAUGGUAUGGAAACCAGUUCAUGUCAAGGCUGGUAGUUCCACAUCUUCACCAGCUAACAUGUGCUUCUGAGUUGGUAAGAAUAUUCUGUUAAGAACAGGACAAGUCUAAGAAUAACAAUGUGUAGUGAUGAUUUAUGAUUCCAAGUGUAGGGACUUGGGUUUUUGUGAUAUAUGAUUCUUAAGUUGCUUCUGUUAUGGAAGCAACAAUUCAGCCAUAUGUAAUGAUACCAACGAAAGACAUGUUUAGGAGAGAAUCAUCUCUUCUUUGAAUUCCGUGGGCAAUAUAUGCUAAUGUGUUCUUUUUUUU